GUGUUAGAUCUCGCUUCUUUACCAUUGCCCGCGCCCGCACCCGCCUCACCGGAGAAUAACGCCGCCGCCGUCACGGGAAUUCGCAGCCAUGGAGGGCGUGGGGGCACGGCUGGGACGAACCUCGGCGCGCUAUGGGCCCGCGACGACGUUCACCGGGCCCGUUAGGAAGUGGCGCAAGGAGUGGGUCCCCGUCGUCGUCGCCGCCGCCGCCGCCAACGGCGGGGCGGCGUCGUCCACCGGGACCGGCUCGGGAAGCGAAUCCCGCGGGAAUAGUCUACUCCUGUUCAAGUGGACCCCCAUGAACGGCGCCAACGGGGGAGGAGACGGGGAGCAGGCGGCGGGAGCAGAGACGGCCACGAGGCGGCGGCGAUACGUGCCGGUUUCUGUAGUUGAAGAGCAAAAGCAAGAAUCUGCCAAAUCUGAUGAUGAGAAUAAGGCUAAUGAUGAAGAUCUGUCAUCAGAGCCAUCAAAUGGAAAGACUGAUAUCAAUGAUACACCUAUGGAUGAAUCUCAGGCAUCAGAUGAGGAUGCUCGAGAUUCUGGCAAAAAUGGUGGUGGAACAGACCUAAAUUUGAAUUUAGGUUUGAAAGACCCAGACGGUGAUAAUGAAGGUGAUACAGGAGAGCAACACGGAGCGGCCAAGAACCCGCACACAGAAAAUAGAUUCAAGAGGAAAUCCGUAACCCCUGACCUUGAGAUGAGAAUGUAACCAGCUGCUUCAUUUCUUUCUUGGAUUCUUUACUAUUUGCCUUGUGGCGAGUUACAUUGUCAUUGUAGAGACAAUUCAACAAAAUCGAUUACAGGACCUACAGCAGUGUGAAGUGUUUACAUUCAUUGCCAAACAUAUAAUGAUUUAAUUGCCUGGUGAUAUUCAGAAUCGGAAA